CUUCAGUCCACUUUCACCCCCUUUGCCCCUGCCACACUGUCUGCACGCCGCGGUGUCUGUGCUGAACCGGGCAGUCUUUAGGACCCGCGGCAGCCGGCAGACAGUCUGCAGGCCCCUGCAGUGAGAGCGGUGCAUCUGGAAGAGAGCUGGCCGGCUGGGGAGGUGGAGGACGGGGAGAGAAGAGGAAGGAGGCUCCGGGAGGCAAGCGAGACAAAAAGGGUCAGGCCUGGGACUUGGGAAAAUCGGGAGAGCCGAGAGAGAGAGAGAGAAAGAGAGAGAGAGAGAGAGAGAAGAGGGAUCAUCUCUCAUUCCUUUUGUUUUGUUUUGUUGUUUCUUUGAGUUUGUAUCCACCUCUCAUCCUCCACAUCGAGAACAUUAAGCCCCCACCCCCCCACCUCACCACCACCCAGAAGAGCCCCCCGCCUUCACCGCGAUGCCGUCCAACACUGUCACCAACACCAACACCACUGCAUUCAAAUCCUCAGACUACGCUGACUCACCUGGAAGCAGAAUGGGUGAAAGCACAAUACUGGACAUGGACCUGAUGACAGAGGAGAAGUCGGCUAAAAGUAGCACCUCCUGUAAAGUUGGCAAGUCUGGAAGGAAGCGCAAGCAGUUUUCAGUCGAGAGCUGUGGCUCUCUCAAAGGCAGUGUGGGUGUGGGCAACAGCUACACAGGGGUGGGUAGGCCGUCCAUGGCACAGGUCCACAAUGGAGACGUGGGCGGGCACAGAGACAGGACGUCCGAUGCCUGCUUCCCCAAACAGGAGAAGAGGGAAGUGGAGAACGGGAUCCCCAGAGACCCUUCCUCCUGCCGGGCAGAGGACAGCUCCCAGGGUCAGAGCCGGAGCCGGUCCCAGGAGAACGGAUUCCUGCCCAGCCGGGAAGAGCAGGACUCGGAGAAAGACAAGGACGACAGCCUGUUGACGCCGCGCAAGAAGCGAGGGAGACGGAAACUGGAGCGGCCAACGAAAUAUGUGGAGCACAAGGAGGAGGACGGGGGUGAUGCCGUCAAGACCGAGGGAGGUCGAGGCAGGCUGCGAGGGGGAGUUGGUUGGGAGAUCAGCCUUCGUCAGAGGCCCGUGCCCAGAAUAACCUUCCAGGCUGGUGACCCUUAUUACAUUAGCAAGCGGACCAGAGAGGAGUGGCUGGCCAAGUGGAAGAUGGAGGCAGAGAAAAAGGCCAAACUGAUGUCAGCGAUGAAUGCGAUGAAGGAUCACGAGGAGAAUGAAAUAGAGACAGAGAAAGAAGAAGAGCUCUCAAUAAUCAAACACCCAUCGCCUUCAAAGCCGCAGCAACAGCAGCACCAGAUGCAGCAGCUGCAGCUGCAGCCUCAGUUACACACUCAGUCACAGCCUCAGUAUCAACAGCAAUCACAGCCGUCGCUGCCACAGCAACAACAACUCCAGCCUCCGCCGCCGCCACCGCCGCCGCCUCAGCCGCCUCAGCUGCAGCAGCAGCAGCAGCAGCCUACUGACCCCGCUUCGCCCACUGUGGCCACGACCCCUGAGCCCGUCGCCAUCGGAGGUGGAGACAAGACAUCCCCCAAGUCUGCAGACACUGAGCCCGAGUAUGAGGACGGUCGUGGUUUUGGCAUCGGCGAGCUGGUUUGGGGGAAGCUGCGAGGGUACUCGUGGUGGCCAGGCCGCAUCGUAUCCUGGUUGAUGACGGGACGGAGCAGAGCCGCCGAGGGAACCAGAUGGGUCAUGUGGUUUGGAGAUGGAAAAUUCUCAGUGGUGUGUGUAGAGAAACUCUUGCCUUUAAGUUCCUUCAAUAAUGCCUUUCACCAACCAACUUACAACAAGCAGCCCACGUACAAGAAAGCCAUUUAUGAAGUGCUACAGGAGGCUAGCAGCCGGGCAGGCAAAGUCUACAUGGCUUGCCCCUCCAGCGAUGAAACAGAAACCUCCAAAUCUGUUGAAAUGCUGAACAAGCAGAUGAUUGACUGGGCAAUGACAGGAUUUCUGCCCACUGGACCCAAGGCCUUAGAGCCACCAGAGGAGGAGCGUAACCCAUACAAAGAGGUUUACCCUGAGAUGUGGGUGGAGCCCGAAGCAGCAGCCUACACGCCUCCUCCAGCCAAAAAGCCUCGCAAAAGCACAGCAGAGAAGCCCAAGGUCAAGGACAUCAUUGAUGAGAGGACACGAGAGCGACUUGUUCAUGAAGUGAGACAAAAGUGCCGCAGCAUAGAGGACAUCUGUAUCUCCUGUGGAAGUCUGAAUGUCAGCCUUGAGCACCCGCUGUUUGCCGGAGGAAUGUGCCAGAGCUGUAAGAACUGCUUCCUAGAAUGUGCGUACCAAUACGACGACGAUGGUUACCAGUCAUACUGCACUAUCUGCUGCGGAGGACGAGAGGUGCUCAUGUGCGGAAACAACAACUGUUGUCGGUGUUUCUGUGUGGAGUGUGUCGACCUCCUCGUUGGUCAGGGAGCGGCGCACGCAGCCAUCAAAGAGGACCCGUGGAACUGCUACAUGUGUAGUCAGAAGGGUGGGUUCGGUCUGCUGGGGCGCCGCUCCGACUGGCCCAGCCGUCUCCAGCACUUCUUCGCAAAUAAUCACGACCAAGAUUUUGAAACACCAAAGAUUUACCCCCCAGUCAUGGUGGAGAAGAGGAAGCCCAUUCGUGUCCUGUCUCUGUUUGACGGCAUAGCAACAGGGCUGCUUGUGCUUAGAGAACUAGGGAUCGAGGUGGAUCGCUACGUAGCUUCGGAGGUGUGCGAAGACUCCAUCACUGUGGGUAUCGUCCGGCAUCAGGGUCGCAUCAUGUAUGUCGGCGACGUGAGGAGCGUCACGCGCAAACAUAUACAUGAGUGGGGUCCUUUUGACCUAGUUAUUGGUGGCAGCCCAUGCAAUGACCUGUCUAUAGUCAAUCCUGCAAGGAAAGGUCUUUAUGAAGGCACCGGCCGCCUGUUCUUCGAGUUCUACAGGCUGCUCCACGAGGCUCGGCCGAAGGAGGGGGACGACCGGCCUUUCUUCUGGCUCUUUGAAAACGUGGUUGCCAUGGGUGUCAGUGAUAAGAGGGACAUAUCUCGCUUCUUAGAGUGCAACCCGGUGAUGAUCGAUGCCAAGGAAGUGUCUGCUGCCCACCGCGCUCGCUACUUCUGGGGUAACCUUCCUGGCAUGAACAGGCCUUUGAGUGCUAUGUGCAGUGACAGGGUGGACCUCCAGGACUGUUUAGAGCACGGCAGAACAGCGAAGUUUGACAAGGUGAGGACCAUCACCACCAGGUCUAACUCCAUCAAGCAGGGCAAGGACCAGCACUUCCCUGUCUUCAUGAACGAGAAGGAGGACAUACUCUGGUGCACUGAGAUGGAGAGGAUCUUUGGCUUCCCAGUCCACUAUACGGACGUGUCCAACAUGAGCCGAUUGGGGAGGCAGAGGCUCCUGGGCAGAUCAUGGAGCGUCCCGGUUAUCCGCCACCUGUUUGCACCACUCAAAGAUUACUUUGCCUGUGUUUGAGCAACGAGGAAAAAAACUCGGAACCAUUUUAGGAACUGCAACUGUACGUUGUGACUAGAAAUAAGAGCCUUGAUCCUCAAAUUAUACUCCUGUAUAAUUUGCGCGCGAAAACAUUGACGUAGAUUUCACAUUAUUUCUUGUAUUUGAAUUGUAAUUCUUAUUCUAUUUAAUUUUGAUAUGUCAUUUUACCUUUUAGCAGUGUUAUCAAGUAUUGUUGAUUUGUUUGUGCAAGCUAUACUUGAGACUAUGCUUUCUUCUCAAGACACUGAGACAGAAAAGUGCUAAACGUGUGUGUUUUAAAAAAAAAAAAAAAGAGAGAGAGACGGUGACGCGAUCGGGAAAGACCCAGAAAGAUAGGGGGAACGGUUUUUGAGAUAUGUGAAAUGUUUCUGCUGUGUGAGCGUACCGUGCGUCGGGCAGCCAUGCUUCCAGCUACUGAGCCUCACAGAGAUGUGAAGAGAAGGGCGAUUUUUCUUCAGUGUCAGGAGAGCCUCUAAGUCUCUAAGAAUCCAAAACACCAGAUCACAUAUACCUCUUUGUUUACAGUUUCUAUACACAACUGAAGGUAAUAAAGGUACUACUGUAAUAUGGUUACAAUACCAUGGUGCUCCAAGAUGAUGAGAAACAUCAUAGCCCAUGUGGCACGUUAGACAAUACGGAGCUCUUUAACCUGUUGCUGGAAAAACAUGUGUUUAAUGUUUUUACACUUAACGGAGAGAGAGAAAAAAAAUCUGUUUUGUGCCGUUUUUUUUGUUCACUUCAAAGCCGGAGUGUUGGACUGCAAAAACAGAGCGUAAGUCUCUCCUCUGCGUUUUACAGCUUUUAUACAGUUUGUACUGGUGCUCAUUUAAUCUCUCAGCCUCGCCACACUCAGGCUCACUACCUGGAUCUGCACAAAACAGAAAGUGAAGCUAGCCACAUGGGAAAUGAUGUUUUUCCGUCAUUCGGAAAAAAACAAAAAACAAAAAAAAAAAAAAACAGAAAAAAAAAGUAUAUAAGAUCAACGUCUGUGAAACUAUUUUUUUUUUCUAGUUUCAUCCUGACCAAUGACAUUACUGUACAACUGUUAGCAAGCGUGGUUGCUGAAAAGGAGGGCGAGGGCGUGUUUGAACCUCGGCUCCUCGGCGUCCACCUCUGUAAACUGAAAAAAAAAACAAAAAACUGUCAGGUGCAAAAUCCUCAACAAUAUGGUGCGGCUUCACAAAGUUCUUCUACCUUUUUUAUAGCAAUUUUGUGCUGUUUUAUCAACAUUAUAAAGCACUUUUAUAUGUAUACUUUCUUUUUUUCUUGAUAUUUUUUAAAAAAAGAUAUUGUUUUUUCUCGUGAAUUGUUUUUUUCUUUGGUUUUAUGAUGUGAACUGAUCUACCCUCGUGUAAUACUUUUUGUAUACAGUAGGGCUGUGCCAAUAGAAGUGAAAGAAUGGAUUUUGAUAUGUGAAACCCAUGUUAUUUGACUCAGUGUACAGUAGAUGGAUUGACAUUUGUAACCCCCCUUUCCCCUUCCCUUCCAUCAUCCAUACUGGUCUCUGUUUGACAGCAGCGGCGCAGUAUGUUUACUACCCAGAUUCAAAGAAUGUCUAUCUCUAUUAAGAUUGUAAAAUGUAAGACAGAGUUAAAGGAACUGUGUCACGCGCCUUGUAUAAUAUUUUGUCCCCUGUUAAGGACAGUCGGCCCUGAUAAAUCGUAGUCGCCAUGUUGACAAAUUUUUAAGUGCUGAUCCAGAUUUUUGGAUUCACGAACUAAAUUCUCUUGAUUGUAACCUCUAAGCUAAAAUAUGGAGGAUUUAGGCUGCGGUUUGUCAAAACGAAAAACUGACACGGUGCUUAACAAAAGACGUCAGCACUCAAAGAGUUUAAAGAGGGUAAUAAAAAAAAACAGAUGUUAUCACUUAUCUAUAUCAUAUUUAAGAUUCAAAAAAAUUUGAAAUUUAAUUUCUUAAUGUAAUUAAUUUCUUAAGUGACCUUAUUGCCAUCGUUCUUGCCCAUGCACACGGGGCUCAAUAUGAGCUCUUGUGAUACAGAUGUUAUCCCCCUCCCCUUCCUCCUAUAAUACUUAACAUCCCCUCACGUUUGUACAUUUUGUACAUAGAGUUUUUUCCGGUUGCUGUUUUUCAAUUUGUUUUUUAUCUUUUUUUUUUUUUUUUUUUAAUUACGUAUGAGAUGUACAAAUAUAAUUCUUUGCUAAUAUAUAUCAUCAAAUUAGGAGAGAAAAAAAAAUCUUAGGUUAAAAAAUUAAAAAAAUCAAGUGACAAAAUUUGAUUCAAAACUUGCUUUGAGCAUUUAGAACGUAGGGAGACUCCAAGUCGACUUUUUAUCGUGCUGAUUUGUUUGUGUCAAGUGAAUCCAGAUUUAGUGUCAUGUGAUCUUAACAGUGGCCUAUGGACAGCUUUAAGAUGAACGGUCUCUACUUCACUGCACAGCCCUACACGGUGGUGUUUUUUUGUUUUGUUUUGUUUUUAAUGCUUCUGUUUUUCCUUUUUUUUU